AGUCACUCCGCCGGGCGCCGGCGACCCUAGGCGUGAGAGACUGCUGCGGAAGCCCUGAACUACCUGUCAUUUACUCCAUCAUUUAUAGUGAUGCUACAGGACGGAGAGGAAUGGAUAAAAACAUUGGCGAGCAACUCAAUAAAGCUUAUGAAGCCUUUCGACAGGCAUGCAUGGAUAGAGAUUCAGCAGUAAAAGAACUACAGCAAAAGCAGACUGAGAACUAUGAGCAGAGAAUACGUGAGCAACAGGAACAGCUGUCCCUUCAACAAACUAUUAUUGACAAGCUAAAAUCACAGUUACUUCUUGUGAAUUCCAGUCGAGAUAACAGUUAUGGCUGUGUUCCCCUGCUUGAAGACAGUGAAGCAAGGAAGAAUAAUUUGACUCUUGAUCAGCCACAUGAUAAAGUAAAAUCACGAAUACCAAAAGAAAAAGAAUCAAAGGUAAGAAGACAAGAGGUUUCUUCUCCAAGAAAAGAAACUUCACCAAGGAGUCUUAGCAUUCCUUUAUUCCAUGAAAGAGGUUAUAUAGAGAAGACUUUCCGGGAUCUGAAAGAAGAAUUUCAUAGAAUAUGCAUGCUAGCCAAAGCACAAAAAGACCACUUAAGCAAACUUAAUGUACCAGCCACUGUAACUGAGACACAGUGCUCUGUGCCUAUACAGUGUACGGAUAAAACAGAUAAACAAGAAGUGCUAUUUAAGCCUCAGGCAAAAGAUGAUAUAAAUAGAGGUGCACCAUGCAUCACAUCUGUCGCACCAAGAGGAUUGGGCCAAGAUGAGGAAGACACCUCUUUUGAAUCACUUUCUAAAUUCAAUGUCAAGUUUCCACCUACGGACAGUGACUCUACUUUCUUACACAGCACUCCAGAAAGACCCAGUGUCCUUGGUCCUGCCUCAUGUGAGGCUAUGUGCCAGGAUCAAUUUAAUUUGGAGCCCAGAGACAACCCGGGAAACUUUGUCAAAACAGAAGAAACUUUAUUUGAAAUUCAGGGAAUUGACCCCAUAGCUUCAGCUAUACAAAACCUUAAAACAACUGACAAAACAAAACCCUCAAAUCUUGUAAAUUCUUGUAUCAGGACAACUCUGGAUAGAGCUCCGUGUUUGCCACCUGGAGACCAUAAUGCAUUAUAUGUAAAUACAUUCCCACUUCAGGACCCAUCUGAUGCACCUUUUCCUUCACUCAAUUCCCCAGGAAAAGCUAUCCGAGGACCACAGCAGCCCGUUUGGAAGCCCUUUCCUAAUCAAGACAGUGACUUAUCGGUACUAAGUGGCACAGGCUCAGAACUGCAUAUACCUCGAGUAUGUGAAUUCUGUCAAGCAGUUUUCCCACCAUCCAUUACAUCCAGGGGGGAUUUCCUCCGGCAUCUUAAUUCACACUUUAAUGGGGAGACUUAAGACGCAUUUGAAAACAGACAUAUCAAGUUCUAUGCGAUGAUUCUGGGUUUGUAAUAUUAUGUACUUGAUUGCAAACUUAGCUCAAGGUAAUUUAUUGAAAAAUCCAGUGUCACAGCUAUUUGAAUUUUUUUCUAAACUUAUAUUGUAACUUUCUUUUAUUACCUUUUAAAAGAUCAUU